AUGUUUGUGGGAUAUUUACCCAACAGGGCGAGAGGCGACGAGGGGAGUCAAAAGAUCGAGGUGACCGAUGGCGAGACGAUGAAAUUCAUCUUGAACGACGUUGUUGCACCUAGACCAGAGGGGCCAUCACUCGUGGAAGCGGGCACCAUAUGGGGUUCAGCAUUGACAUUCGAGGGAGUAGAGCUCGGAUGGUACUGGAUCGUGGUUUGUGUAUCGCUCAAGAACCUGGACUAUUCCAAGGUGUUCACGAUGAACAUUACUAUCCAGAGGAGAAGUGCUGGUCAGGAUGAGUGGUUCUUGACGAACAAUUCGUGUGAAACGACUCUCCGGACAGAGGAACUCGACUCAAUUUCAAAGGACGACUAUGUGCGACUCAGGAUACAUCGUCAGCUCUACAUCGAUGACAUCGAAGACUCCUGUCUACUCGGGAUAAACUUGAGCAGUACGGACGAUGACGACAACGCAGGUUCGGUCGAGAUUCACUACAUCGAACUUGGAACCAGCACAUUCGACUCACCCUCUGGCGUCAAAGACCACGUUAUUUAUGGAGAUGGCAUCCCAGACUACUUCAUCAGUGUCGGCGCCGACGAGCCUUCGCGAACAAAAGCAAUUACUAUAUCCAGAUUCGAAAUAUCGGAUACGAAAAACCAUGCCGCGACACUCCAUUUCACUCCGGGCGAGGGCCAUAUCAACCUCUGGGACCUGCGCGCUCCCGACAACUACGUGGCAGGCAACAAAAAGUCGCGACCUAUUACUCGACCUAUCGGCCGAGUCUCCUUCGGCGUCUCGCCCUUCCUGACCACCCCAGAAGUUUUGAAGGAGUACUCGCCCAUGAUCGCCAUCUCCAGUGCCGGAUCUCAGAUUGUCGUAGGGUCCGAAAGGGAGAUGGCGCACGGGAUCCCUUUCCAGGUGUUUCAAAUGACCCCUUCCAAGGUCCUUCUGGACAAGAACAACGCUUUCCCGCCAGCCACCCUCGCCCGAGUCCCUUCUAUUUGUCCCGACUUAGCAAGCUACUUUGGUCUGGGCGUGUUUCACAGGGUUGACCCCGCCAACACGGACGAGCGGUUUAUUAUCUUCAAUGGCAUUACUCUGGAGGUGUACGACACAGAGUCCUGGUGCAGGAUCUACCGCCUUGAGCUAGGCCAUCAACGAGGCGAUGAUUAUACGUCCUGCAUCACUCAGAGUAUUCGUGGUCGGUACUUUUGCUGGAACGGAUUCAAGGGCGUCAUAAGUAUCUGGGAUAUCGAAACUGGCAGGAUCGCGUCCAACAUCUAUGUCGAGGAGGAUCGGGCGGCAACAUUUGCUGUUUUGUCGCCUGAUGGGAGCAAAGUUGCGGUUUCUGUCAAGGGCACUGUUCAAGUGUUCGACACUGUCACAGGCAUCAAGAUGGGUAGCUACUAUGAAGGACUCGACAGCGACAAUAUUUUCAACGUCAUCUUUGAACAGGAUCACUUUCUGACGACCAACAGGUCCCUGUCGAACACCAACGAUGUGUUUAUGCCCAACAUGAGGAGUGUUGUGAGGGUGCGCGAUAUGGUGGUCGUCGAGGACCAUUAUGUGCACGAGGAUUAUGUUGUCCAGGUCCCUCAUACUGGACAUGUCCCGUUCUUCUUAAACGCUCAGGGAUCUGUGGCCAACUUUUUGAGUCUUGGCAACAUCUUGUACCCACCCUCGGAAGAAUACUCCUGUGGAACCACCAACGAUUGCCCGAUGCUGGACCGUUCCUUUGACAUCUUUUACGUCGACUCUGUCCGCACGUUUGUCAACUCGGAAGAUAUCGCCUUUACGGCCUACUCAGCUCAAAAAUAUGUCGCGGGCGAGGCAGCCCAUACACUCCAGGUCGGGAUCGGUGGCAGUUACGAGGAGAUGACCGACACAAUGACCCUAAUCCUUGGCAAAGCUGUAGAACACCGGAUCUUUUGGGUGCGCGAGACGUCGCAGUUGUUUGUUGUCAACGAGGGGUACCUCUUCACUUGGACGUUGUCAAACGACACUACAAAUGUUGCGACACUUGAUCGAAUCGUCAAGUUCCUUGACCAUAACCCUGAUCAUGCCAAAGACCAGUGCAUCACGGACAUCCUCAACGUCAAAAUGUGCGAGCAUGCCUGCCAGUACACCAUCGAGAUCAAGCCCACCUACUGGCUGACCAACAACGGAUCUUCAACUGUUCGACCCCCAGCAGGGACUCCCAACAACAUCCUGACGUUCCCCAAGUUUGCCGCAGAUACUUUCAAGACUACUCAGGAUUACCGGGAUGAGAUGGGCGUCCUGGGGCUGAUUCAGCUGUACCGGUUUGGAGACCAGGACUUUAAGGACGAGAUUAUCCGAUUCCUCAAGAACCGUAUCCGGCCAACGCGAGAGAAUCCUCUCUCUUGCCUCGUCACACUUUGUCGAGCAUGGAGUUCGGAUGACCGGUUCGCGCUAGAACAGAUUGUGGCCGAGCUGCUCCCACCAAGGUACAUCACCUGGAUCCCGGACCCUCACGAGGACAAGUCAACUGAACCCCUAGCGAUCCUUCUCGAGAUAGCACAGACACGGCCAAGGGUCUUUGGAGUCGCCAAGGUGGUCAUGAAAUACUGUGUCAGUCACGCCAACCGAUCCAAGAACCUGGCCUUCCUCUCACCCCUGUUCGGCAGCAUGCAUGAGGUCAUGGAGCUCUACCCCGAAGAGGCCCUGGAAUGCAUGGGCAGAAUCGCGUUUAUCCCCGUUAAGAACCGAGCUUACAUCAUCGACAACCAUACCCUUGCCCUCCCUCCUCGCCCCCGCUUACGGUUCUGGGAACCCCGCACCAAGCCGCUGGUCAAGACUAAGGAGCCCAUUAUGCAGUUCAACUUCACGGGCGAAAAGGCCGACAGCAGCAACGACGGUUUCACACGCCCAGUGUUCAUGGCCUCGUUUGAUGCGCUGUGGUACUAUAAGGAUCAACACCAGACUGAGCUGAAGAAGGAUGGCUUCCAGGCAGCCUCUAACACUGCGACGACUACGUGGUGGAAGACUCUAUACCACAUGUUCCGACUCAAGUGCCAUAUCAGGAUGCCUGCUGUUGUUGAAUGCUACGAGUUCAACUUGGAGUUCUUUGAUAACCCCGCUAUUGCCGCUCUCGUCGACUACAAAUGGAACACGAUUGGAUAUUCCUACUGGCUGUUCAGAUUCGUAUUCCAGAGCGUCUUUUACGCACUGGUCGUGGUUGCGGCGUUAAUGCAGGUGUACUCUAACCCAAGUCACUUGACCGAUCUCUUUAUUGCCAUUAUUGUCUUGGCCUCUAUCUUCCUCUGGCUCGAGCUCCUCCAGGCCGUGCACAGCUGGUCCCGUUAUUCUGGGUCGACGUACAAUGGUCUGGAUAUGAUUGCGUUUGGACUACCCUUGGUCGCAAGUGCCAUUCAGUUGAAUUCGAUCUCGAAUGGAAACACGAAUGGAAAUACGCGUGUCAUGAGUGCCUCUGUCCUUGCCGUCUUCUUGCACAUGCUGUUCGAGCUUCGGAUCUAUAAGCAGGUGUGCAAGUACGUGAUGAUUAUUCAACAGACCGUGAUCGAGAUCCGAGGAUUUUUCAUCAUCUUUGCCGGUGGGCUGCUCGCUUUUACGAUCGCGACACAGCAUUUGCUUAGGGCUUGUCCUGUCGAGGGGUGUAAGAGGGACGAGACUGAUUUCUCGUACAACUUUUUCUAUGCCAUGUCUGCCACCUACUUCUUUAUGGGUGGAAGAUAUGAUCCUGUGUCGCCGCUUUUUGACCAAGAAGAUGCGGGUUUCCAUCUCAUGAUGAUCGUGUACUUUUUCUUCACCGUCAUUGUCAUGCUCAACGUGCUCAUCGCGUUGAUCAACGUGGCGUUCACAAAGGGAGACGACGGCUGGCGCUUAGCCUGGAUUGAGUCCCGCCUGCGGUACAUCGAGUCGGCCGAGAACAUGUCCCACCGCAUCCCGGGGUUCCGUCAAACCCAUGAUUGGUUCCCGAAACAGAUUUAUUUCUCGGCGACACCGCAACAGGUCCGGGAUUACCAGGAGAAGUAUCAUCCUGGUGGCAAUGGUGGGUAUGGUGGUGGAUAUGAGUGGGGUAGGGGUGAUGGUGAGGAUGAGGAUGGUGGGGAUGAGGUUGAUCCUAUUUUCGAUAAUGUUCCUAGACCUAAGGUGGAGGAGGAGACUGGAGAGCAGACUGAGGAGCAGACAGGAGAGGGUGAGACUGCUGAAGGCGAAGGUGGCGAAACCAAGGCAGAAGGAGAAGGGGAAGGAGAGGCUAAAGCCGAAGGUGAAGGUGAAGGUGAAGGUGAAGGUGAAGGUCAGAAAGACCAGGAGCAAACCACGACGACGACGACGGACGAGAGUGCCACCAAGGAUUCAAAAGAGAAGGCGAUUGAGCACAAUAGCAGCCUGGACUUGAGGACACAGGUGAGUGAGUUGCAGAGGCAAUUGACUUUGCAGCAGGAGCAGUCGCAGAAGCAGUUUGAUGAACUCAAGGAGCUCCUCCUCCGUGCCACCGCCACCAAACCCAAGAAGUAA